AUGCAUCAGUUCAUUAGCAAGCUGCAAAUGGAGAAUAAGAUACGUGAGAAGGAGAAGAAUGAAGCGCAUAAACAGCUUCAGAAAAAAGAAGAAGAAAUCACAAGUCUGAAGGCGAAACUUGCAGAGGCAGAAGGGAAAAAGAGCGAGGAGGAGAUUAACGUCAAGGGGAUGGUUAAUCGUGCAUCAUGUGGUGGUUGCGUUGAUAGCCCAAAGACAAGGAGGUGGCGUGUCGAGAUUAUCCACAUUCAAGACACCUUUGUAUCAAAUUUCCCUUCUCCUCGACACCAAAACAAACUCACUGUGAUCAGUGCUACUGCUAUGUUUGUGAUUCACUCGCUCCAUGUAUCUACUGGGGCAAUGGCAGUGGCGGGAUCGAUCAUUGUCUCGCCAAAAAGCGACUUCUGGAAAGUCGAGCGACAAAAUUCCAAAAAUGUUGGUAAAGAUACCGGUGUUCCACCUUUGAACCCGGUCCCGGUCCCGGCUCCUCAAACUCCUUCCAUCGACCACAAUCAGACCCUGGUGCCAAAUCCUAUCCGGGCUUGCCCUGUAACAUCUACUUAUGUAGUUCCGAACAUUGUUAACCAGGAUCGAAGCUCGUUUUUAUCAUCUAGGAACAAGUAUCAACCCGGUUUAGUCUCCCAACAGUUGACCCGAGCAAGUAGCUGCACCAUUCCAGGAAGUAGGGUGCACCAUAGUUAUGACCUAGCUACCCCGCGUUACAGGCCCGUAUUCAAACGAACGGCUUCAGAUGUGUUUGCUCCAACAGCAAACCCAUAUUCAUAUAGCUCGUAUUAUAGAGGGAAUUACAGAAACAAUUUUACGCCCGCUUCACAGCCAAACAUCGUCAACACUCCUGUUACGUUUUCUCCAAGGUCAAACACCCCGUUUGACUUACCGACGAACUCGAAACUCUCAGGCGACGUUUAGAAGAGAUCGAAUUUG